AUGGUUGCCCGGAACCAGAGCGCCUUAUCUGCUCAACAUGGCUCGUCGGACGAAGAUGAAGUCUCUGCAACAGAAGGUGGACCUCCUGGAGAAGCCGCACCGCGUGGCACUGCCGCCUUGUCAGAGUCGGUGCUGAGUGAAGAGAGUUCUAUCUUCAAUGCUUUACGGACCAACUCUGGGACUGAAGAUAUUGGCCCGAGACUUGGCCCGGGUUGCCCAUCCCAUGGCAAUGCAGAUAGCAGGAUAGCAGCCAAUAUGGCCAUGUUCAUCCCCCUCGCGCCGGAGGCGACGGAUGCUGUCCAGCGGCUGAACCGCGAACCAAAGUAUUUCCCGGAACAGAAAGCCCAGUCUUCUGGUUGGCAUCCUCAGUUGUCUUUGGACAGCUGUGCAUUAUCUACAGACGAAGGAAAGGCGAUCGUCGCAUCCCCUCCAGACGACUCGUUGAAGCAACAUCUUCUGGACGCGUUACAUCUCCGGAAGGCGGUUAGUCUCAACGAUGCCGAUGAUAUCUCAAGGACAUUCAAGUGGCCCGGGAAUCACGACUCGCCGGUGAACCCUGUCCUUCCUAGUUAUCCUCCGCCAGUAAGAGCGCCUACCCCCCCAGGCCUUCCAUCUUUCGGUACUCGAGAAGCGAUCUGUUACUCCGCCCAAUUUCCAGUCCGAUCUGCCACCAUCAGUGGGCAGGUCCAGCAACCUGCUCCAAACUCGGCCAGAAACGCUUGCAGGCGUGUUGCUAAUGGCACUAGGACUGGGUCUUACGGAGGUAUGCUGCGACGACUUCUCAGCUUUUCUUCAUCCACUCCUUCACAGCCUAAACGGCAAGUAUAUAUCAUGGCAAGGGCAGAAGAUGGUACCGCUGUCCAAGGGCGCUUUCCUUACAGACAGAGUGGUCAUGGAAUGAAUCUAGCCAGGCGAUUAGAUGAUCAUCCGUUCCACCGAACUGCUGUCUCUACUGUCCAAGAAGAUCAUGUCAACAUCGAUGCUGGUGUUAGACAAACCGAUGGGGACCGCUGCGACUCGAAACAGGAGCAAGCCGACAUUGCAGAGCCUUCGAAUCUAGGCGCAGGCCGGCGCAUGCAAAGAGCUCGUCCCCAGAUUGCCCUAAACAGCCUGCUACCUUUACCUCGUCCUGUUCUGGCGGACAACCCCCAACGCCCUGUCUCGGCAAAUCCAUCUCUCCCAACAUGUAGGGUUGAUUCAUUUUACACUUGCGCUUCUCACUCGCAAGUUCCUGGCAUGUCCAGGCACAUGGACACCCUCGAUACACAAGGAACUGAGAGAUUGGGCGAUACCGCGACAUGCUUCCUUGCACCCACACAGUCACCCCCGGUAUCCACGGCACAGGAAGGAUGUCGAUUAGCCAAUGAUCACUCUGGCCCUUGGCUACAGUCGCUUCGUAUUGUCAACUCUUGGUUUUUCUGCUGUCUGGGUGCUCGGAAUGAGCAAGAUACCGUCAUUUAUUCGAACACAGCCUCCAAUGACACGUACGUGACUGCAAGAAGCCACGCAUCAAAUGACAGCGCAGCGGAAUGUAUUCGUCCUGGCGGCCCUGAAGAUCCUGUUCAAAGCCCGCGACGGUGGCUCUCAGAAACUUGGAUGUCACUUCAGAUGUUUGCUUCUCGCAAUUUCCUGGCUUUGAGCCCGAUGCCACCGUAA